CUCACUCGUGGAUCGAAUUUCCGGCACCUUACUUGAUACGCUGUUUACAUAGGUAACAGAGAGUAGACUGAACUCAUAAUUAGGACCCCGCCGGAUACGGUUUGAAAUCUGCCAAGACCAAGACUUACAAAUCUGUAGUUUUAUUCAUAGAUAGGUUCAAGUUUCUACUAUAAACAGGCAAAAAUCGCAUGUGUUCAAAAGUUAUUAAGGAAACAACUUAGUGUAUUGAAUUUUGAAAUGGGUAGUAUAAUUGUACAAAUGAGCUACAAUUAACAACCUAGUUAUUCAUUCAUAUUCUGAUAUACUCUGUUCUAAUUUUAUUUCAGCCAAUAUCAUAUUACGAUAUACACAAAGCAAAUGAGUUGAGUUCAAAAUUAUCAUCAAAUAUUGAUAAAAUUCAGAAUGGUAUUGGCUACCAAUUAUCCCCUAUUCCUAUGAUGAUAGCAAUGACUAGUGGUGGUGUUCUACUAGCUUUUAUUACAAACUGGAGAUUAACAUUAGUUUUAUUAAUACCAUCACCAUUUUUAGCUGUAGCGUGGAUUUUAUUCAGAGAGUUUACUGUUCGAAUAACUAUCAACGAAUUAAAUUCCUAUUCAAAAUCUAAUUCAGUAGCACAAGAGGUCUUUAGUUCAAUUCGGACAGUUUUUGCUUAUAAUGCUUCACAAUAUGAACAAACACGAUACAGCAAAUAUUUAGAUUCGGCAAAAAAUGCUAAUAUAAAAAAAGGUAUUACAUUCGGAUGUUAUAUGGGUGGUUAUUCAAUGAUGUUAUUUUUUUCCUACGCAAUCGGUUUAUAUGCUAGUUACUGGCUACUAAUAUCAUUAAACGAUAGUGUCAAAAUAGAUAAAGAUACGUUCAUUGGAGAUAUAAUUAUUGUCAUUAUUGCUAUCACAGACGGAAUUUUCUCGAUCGGUGGUUUAGCUCAACAUGUUGAAGCAUUAGAGGAAGCUAGAGCAGCAGCUACCGAAAUUUGGCAAAUUUUGGACGAGGAACAACAACCGCUAUCGGAGGAAAAUUCGGCUCAGUCAGAGAGUAAGAAAGAUCAAUACAAUAACAAUGACGAUAUCAAUGGUGAUAUUGAAUUUGACAAUGUUCAGUUUGCCUAUCCAACAAGAGAGAUGAAUGUACUCAACAAUUUCAAUUUAAUUGUUCAUCAAAAUGAAAAAAUAGCUUUGGUUGGAAUGAGUGGAGCAGGUUAA